UGGAGUUUUUGGAUCAAACAAAGCUUGAGAAAGACACUAUUUUCCUAGUUUCUUCUUCUAGGGUUGGAAGAAAUCGUGCAGAAUGGAGAGCUCCGGCGAGGUAAGUGGCGAUGCUGGCGGCGAUCCUUUGCAAAUUUCUCCACUUUCCAGGCAGAAGAGAGGAGAUUAGCGGCGGCGCACGCAUUGACGCACUACUCUCCAUUCGCCAUGACUUGCAUCGGCGAGAGCGUUACUCCCAGCCAGCUGAGACUCCAUCUCCUCCAGGAACUCUCAGGAAUGCCAUCGACUUUGAAGACCCCCGGCCCCUCGGAGAUCCGCAACGCCCAGAGGGUCACCACUCCAGUAGAGUUUCCCCCGCGAGAAGAAGAAAGAGUCAAGAAUUGAAGAUCUCUUCCAUGCCAAAAUCUCUUUUUGCAAAGCUUCCGGAUCGAGAUCGCGCCUAGCUAUGGCCUGGAGCUCGCCAUGACUUCUCUUCCAUGCCAAAAUCGU